CGGGUUGCUUCAAAGUUGUCACGGCGUCCAUCAGAUGAGCUGGAACGAAUGCGCCGAAAAGGUGAUUCAUGGACAGCGAAUGAUUUAUUCAGAUUUCAAUAUGCUUAUCAACCUUGUGCAGAUUCUGAACAAAAUAGGCAAAUAUGUGAACUAUGGUUAGAUAGACUGCAUGAAAUUACUAAAAAAUUUUGCUACUUAGCUUGGUAUGCAUCAGCCAUCUAUACUUGUUACUAUCGGUUGGCUCCAUUGAUAACCGAGGCUGAAAAGAAGAGAGAUUUAUGGAUUGAAGCCAAACGAGAAUAUGCAGAAAUUUUUCAGAUGGGACGCAGGAUUUGGAGAAGGCCAACUCAUCCAACAAGGCUUCGGGUAGUCUACGAUCUCGGAAUGCUGUGCGUUCGAUUUAAUGAUGUUGAUGUAAGAAAAUUUUUGAUUUUCAAUAAUUUUUCAAACUUUUACGUAUUUUUAAAAAUUUUAAUUGUAAUUCUACAAAAUAAACUUUUUAGUCGUUUUAUUUUAUCAUUAUAA